UGACUCACGCACAAUCACAUACUGAGUGGUCUGUGUGUGUCUGUGUGUGUGAAGCCCACUGACAAAGAGAGAGAGCGAGCUCACGUCUUUAUUUCAAAGCACAGAGGAGGAAAUUCUGCACAACGGCAGGACUCCCUGCAAGAUAGAAGACGCCAACAGGUGCCGAGCCUCCGGACUAACAGACAUGGACUGGGAGAAAGCGAUGAAUUUCUCCAGAGUGAACUCUUCGACCCUGGCCUCUGACUCUUCAUCCUCCUUCUCUUCAUCCUCCUGCUGUAACUCCUCCCACCUCCUCUUCCACCCCUCUCUGUUUCCGGUCCCCACGUUUUCCGGCUUCGACCUACUGUUCAGCCUGAAGCUCCUCUUCAUCCCGCUCUACUCUGUCGUGGUUCUGAUCGCCUGCUCCGGGAACCUCCUCCUCCUCUUUCUCAUCUGGUACAACAAAAAGAGACACAACACCACUAACUUCCUCAUCAGUAACUUGGCGCUAGUCGACCUGGUGAUGUGCGUCUUCUGCGUCCCUUUGACGGCCUCCUACGCCUUCGACAGGCGCGGUUGGGUGUUCGGGUACCACAUGUGUCACUUUGUGACCGUGAUGCAGUCCACCGCUGUUUACGCAGCGGUUCUGUCCCUCAUGGCCAUCGCAGUGGAUCGUUAUAUCAUUGUAGCGUAUCCCAUUCGCAAGAGAGUGGGAUGUCAAUUCUGCUGCUGCCUGGUGAUGCUGAUCUGGUUGUCCUCUUUGGCGCUCUCCACCCCGACUGCGCUUCACACGGUCUACCUGGACCUGCACGCUGCGGGCCUGGACAUGGCGGUCUGCGAGGAGUUUUGGGAUGGACAGGAACAAGGCAGACUCAUUUACUCCUGUUUCAUCCUCUUCUUUUCCUACUUUGUCCCGCUGGCUGCUGUGUCCAUUUCCUACUGUGCUAUAUCCUGCCACCUGAAGCGGAGGACCACGUCCAGUUUGACAGCAUGUCCCGAGCUGAGGUGCGCACGGGCCGCCUGGAGUAGACGGCGGAGGAAGACCUUCUAUCUGCUGCUGGUUUCUGUUCUCUGCUUUGCCUUCUCCUGGCUCCCCUUGCAGGUGGUGAACCUGAUCCGUGACCUGGACACAGACUUCUCCAUACUGGGGAAGAAUUACAUUAACGUCAUCCAGGUGUCUGCUCACCUGCUCGCCAUGAGCUCGGCGUGCUACAACCCCUUCAUUUACGCUUCGCUGCACAAUAAAUUCCUGUCCUACCUCUGUCUCAACCCCCUGACUCGCAGGAGAGGAACAGAGAAGCACGGAGGUCAGGGGUCAAGCGUGCUGACGACGUCUCACAGGAUGCCGCGCCUCAACACCUUCACCACCGUGGCGGAUUUACCUGCCGUUGUCCUGAAUGACCUCGUGCCAAAAGAAAACUACAUCUGAGCCGCGAUGUUUUUGUCUCAAAAUGUGUAAUAAAGAUUUUCACAUCAGCUUUACAAACAUCACUAAAAGCAGGUGAGAUGGAGGGUGUGAACUUUUACUAACGGUGACACAAAUGAAUCUAAAGCACACUUUAAAUACAAAACAUUAAGACUGUCACAUUCCUCUUUGUACAAAUAAAUCAGUAGAAAAAUAAUCUUAUCACUUUGAAAAUGUAGAUAUUUUAGGAAUGAUGCAAAUGCUGAACAGUUUAGUUAUGCUGCUGUUUGCUGUAAGUUUCCUUAUCUUGUAAAAUGGUUUUUCAGCCUUUAGUUGGCCAUCGCUGUUUGUGCACAUUUCAAUGUUUAUGUGAUGUGGAAAAGUAUUUUCAGAUCAUUAAACAAACUUUAAUAUAAGACAGAAAUAACCUGAGCAAAACUUUUAUUUAUGGAAAUAAUAAAAACCUUGUUAAAUC